AUGGACACCUCACACGAUAGAACAUUAAAUGCCACGGCUUUAAACAACAAUGUAGUGGCCAGUAAUAUAUCCAACAACACACUACUCAAUAAUGGUAUGAACACCACCGCAGUGUCAGCCUUGGAGGUAUUCUCUCCCGAAAAGAUCAUUAAGACCCUGCAGGAAAAAGAAGACUGCUCGGAUGACCUUGUCGAGAUAAUAAGGACGACCCAGAGUCUUCAACUAAAGAAGCUUGCCAAUAUUUUUCUCAAGGUCCAAAAUUUUGAAAUUGAGAGGAUAAUUGAGCUGACAGUAUCGAAGACGAGACUGCACAGAUUUAACUCAACUUUUUUAGUCCUUUCUUUGAUAAAAUCAAGCUAUUUGAGCUCAAAGAUGCUAGACAAGAUCGAGAUUCUGUUUCAGAGUGUGUUUAUUUCUAGAUUCAGGGACAUCGAUCCAAGCAUCAGGGCCAUGUGUGUACAAUUUCUGUCUGAGUGGAUAUGCGCUAGCAAUGCAUUGAGGAAUAUGGACUACUUAAAGUACAUCGGAUGGUCACUCAAUGAUAGAAAUGACUCAGUUAGGAGAAAGGCUGUCAAAUCAUUUCUGAAAAUUUCAAAAUUUUGUAAGCCAAAAGCCAAUUUCAGUGAUGCUGUCAAUCCUGUUGAGAGGUUCGUUGAAAAGUAUAAAUCAAGAUUGGUUGAAGUUGCACUUCAAGACUGCAAUCCAAAUAUUCAGAAGGAGUGCUGCAGGGCAAUAUUAUCUAUUUUUCUUAAGAAUGAACAGGUCUUUGCCACUGAAGAAAUCCUUGCCAUUAUUUCCAAUGAUGAUUCCUGCAAUGAUCUUAAGUUUCUGGCUCUGAAAAAGCUGUGUCCUGAAGGAAUCUGGGAACUUGAUAGUUUACACAAUAUUCUCAAGCAAACAAAAAGCCAUGUCUUUAAGAACCUUAAGCUUUCUGACAGUGACGUUGAGUCGUUCAUUCUAAAUAUCUGUGAGUUCAUUAGGAAUAGGUCUGCCUGUUGUGAUAAUAACCAUGUGUGUUUUCUUGAUAUUUUGACGGCUAUGAGCUUCAACACUGAUCCUAUUAUAUUUUUAGAUCUAUUUGAGGUUGUGAAGGAUAACAGCAAUAACAUCAGGCUAGUAGUUCAAGCAUUGUGUUCUGUUUCUUCGUUUGCUAAUUUUCCAGGCUCUACCUUCAAAAUCUUGGAAUAUUUAAGGAAAAUGGCUGAAAAUAAUGACAGCUUUAUUGAUAAAUUUGCAGAGCUAUUGAAAAAGUUGGAGGAUAUAUAUUCUCUCCAGGUAGAGACAAUUAUAUCAGAACUAAAGACCAAAUAUGUGUUUCCGCUCAUAAAGUUCUUUGAUAUUUCCAGCUCAGUUGAUCAGUCAUCUUCGCCUAUUGUAAAAUGCUAUGCCACUCUUUGGAAGAUUUUGCAAGAGGACUAUGAGUGGGUAAAGAAUCUUGAAUUUGGAAACAAGCAAGAUGGUGCUUCUAUAAUAGAUACAGACAUAUUUGAGAAUAGCACACAUGGUUCGUGUGCCGUUGAUAAUUUCCUUGAGUUGGUUGACUUUGUUGUAUUUUUCCACUCUAAGCUGCCCGAAGAGCCCUACUCAGCCACUGAGCCUACAGACCCCGUUUCUUGUUCUAAGAUACUAUUUGAUAAGCUUAUAUCCUAUAUUUCAGCAAAUUUUCAUUUUAAUGAUCAGGAAUCGUGCAUCCGACUGUUCAAAUUAAUUUCAAUUGGACAGUUCGCUCAGUACUCAAAGAGGCUGUUUGACCAUUGCUCAGAAGAGCUACUUCUAACCUUUACGGACAACCUGAAGGACAUUAAGCCUCUAGUUUGCGGAUAUUUUGAAUAUUUGGAAGAUCGAAAUUCAAAGAAAUACCCUGAAGUAUCAAGAAAACUUGCUGCAAAGAUCAACAGAAACGAGAAGGACAGGUACUUUUUCAAUCCGAUUAGAAAGCUAGUUUCGCGCAUCGAUCUUUUGGACAAUAUCCUGAUUAACUUUGUGCCAUGCCUAAGUGUAAAUGAGUGCAUUGUGCUGGAAAAUCUUGCACCCAAAAGCAAGUUUAAGACACAGGCUUUAAGGAAAUGUAGAAGCUCCAAGGGAACAGAAGAGAAUAUUACUUUUAUUUAA